ACAGAAAUAAAAAUGGGAUGGGACCCUAAACGGCUCUCCCACUCAAACAAACACACUUUCUCUCUUCACCAUUUUGAAAUGUUUCACUGCCUCGGGCACAGCACAGUUCCUUAUCCCUUCUGAAAAUUCAAAUUCGCGAAUCUCAUUCUAACUAUUUUACAUCUCUAAAGCACUCUACUCCAUUGUCUUUGGUCGUUUCCCAAAUGGGUACUUGUCUUAGCAAGAAGAAACCUUCUUCAUCUUCUUCAACUGCUGUCGUUAAUAGUGGUUCUACUAUUAAUGGCGUUUCUUCUUAUCCCUCAGUUCCACUGUCAGUCAAGAAAGCUGUAGAGCUACCGAAAAAGGAUAAAGAACAAGAAGAGGUCAAAGAAGAAGAAGAGCAGCCAAUAACCCAAGUGAAGAAAGAGAUAUUCAUAAUCAAACACCGCCGGAGUCACGACGACAGAGCAACAGAGCCAAAUCCCAAGAACCAUAAUCAACCAUUGCCAGCAGUAGCAGCACCAUCCGAUGAAUAUGAUAAUGAGACUGCGGCUUCUCCCCCUCCGGUUCAUCAGUUUUCGGCGGGCUCCUCCUCCUCCGCAGCCGCGGGUGUGAGGACUUCCAGCUGUACUAAGGAAGAGGUGGACGCCAUUCUCAUACAGUGUGGAAGACUCAGUCGUAGCUCCUCUGGAAAAGCAGCUUCUUCCUCUUCCGCCUCCAGAAAGUACUCUGGUUCCAAGCGGAGCUACGACUUCGACAACAACGAUGCAGCCAUUGCAGCCAACAAUGGUGGCGAUGGGGAUGAUGGGGUGGUUGCAGCGACAGAGGAGAGCAGUCGCCGCCACCGCGAGCGGCGUAGGUCGAGGACAAGGGCUUCUCCUUCUCCUCAGGGAAGGAGAAGAACUCCCAGCAGAGAAAGGGGAGACCAGCAGCAACGGUCUGCAAGUCGAGAGAGGCGUGUGAGUAGGUCUCCAGGGAGGCGUUCAUCAGAGACCAGUGGCGGCGGCGGUUCUUGUUCUAAUACUAAUAAUGUCAAUGUUGUUAAUUCUAAUAGACCUGGGAAGAUGGUAUCGGUUCCAGCCACCGUUUCAUCUUUGGUGAUGGACAAGAGCAACAAUUUGGACUCUUCUGCUGCUGCUACUGUGAAGAGAAUUUCAGUGAAGAGAAAUGUAACCGACGCUGGUGCUGCCUCAAGGGGCGCUGCAUCACCUCGGUCUCAGUCUCCGGCAAGAGCUAAUGGCAAUGCUGCUAAAGCUUCAGCUUCCAACGACCAGCAGCAACCUUCUUUGAGCCGCAACUCUUCGAGGAAGGCAGAACACUCGCCUUACAGAAGAAAUCCUUUGAGUGAGAUUGAUCCCAAUUCCUUGGCAUAUCCACACACUACCAAUAACAGCAGGCCACAAACCAAAACCAGACCCAGAGAAACUGAUGGAAUAACUGAUGACCCAAAUCAGGUUCAGAAAACAAAUGUGGUGACUAAUUACAGAAACGGCAGCAGAGUUUCAUCCACAAAGGAGCAACAAGCAAUGGUGGAGACUACAGUGGUUAUCUCUGGCCCUCAUAAAUCUUCUUCUCAAACACAGCCACAGACAAUAACAAGAAGCAGGUCUGCUAGACGAUCUCGAGACCUUGAUUUCAAUCCCGAAGCUCUGUUGCAUCAAAAUUCGAAUUCAAAUUCUGAUGCAACUCCUUCUUACACCAGACUGCUGUUGGAGGACAUCCAGAAUUUUCACCAGAAGAACACAAAUACUACCACAACCACAGUGGUAUCACUCCCUUCCUGUGUCAGCAAGGCCUGCUCCAUCAUGGAAGCCGUGGCAGACCUCAACUCGACAACUGGUUCCAACUUGUCCGAAGAUCACUUCAACUCUUUGAUGGGUUCAACUUCAACCCCUAAAAGCAAGGACCCUUUUGUGGAAUCAGAGGUAGUAAUUGGCUGUGACGACUUGACGGAGCCAAGCUUCCAUAAGUACGUGACAGUAAGAAGGGGAGGAGGAGGUGGAGAUGCUGCAUCAGAGGAUCAAGAGUCUUCUGGCAGCAACAGCUAUAUGCAGCAGCAGCAGCAGCGGGGGUCCGGGAUUUUCUCAUCCUCUUCGGCAGAUUCGACAGACUACCGGACUUGGAGAUCGAAUGAUGAAGAAGCAGAGGGAAGGAAGAGACUCAAUGAGUGGAGCAAGAGAGAUUCAUACGCUGUUCAACCGAACAGUGGUGGCAUUGGACGUGGCAGGCUUGGCUCCAGCGCCAAAGGGCUUCAAACAGUUUCUGUGGCUGCAUCCACGUAGUGUUAGUACUUUGUUGGUUACAUUUGUCAAUCUUUUUCGUUGUCGUCUGGUUUAAACUUGUUCGUUCAUUUAGUUUUGGGGAAGGAGAACUCUUUGCUCUCUCCAUUGUUGUAUUUGCUGUUGCUAACUUUGCAUUACAGCUACCCAUUUUUAAAUCAAAAGCCAUUUGAUUUUUAUUCUCA